CUCAAGACAGUCAAACUUCCAAGUCCAGUCGUUUAUUCGCUAAGAAAAGGUUACGUCGUGUCGCGCGUACGCAGUGUGUGUAAAUACGGAUUUUAGUGGAUUUUCCCGCGUUUCUAAAAAUAAACUAUCAAAAUUGCACAGAUAAAAAACCUUUUAAAAAGUUAAGAAGUACUUAGUGUUCAGAACUUUAUUUCUUUGGUUUAAUUCGAGAAUUUUUGUGAAUGGAAUUUUAAGACAAGCUUUCUGGCUUCCCAUAGUAAACGGAUUGUUUUAAUAAGUUAUUCAUAGAUUGUCGUCGGGAAUCUUCGGUUUAUUGCCGACGAGUGUGGUCAUCGGUUUAAUUGGAUUCCAGUUAGAAAGGAUCCAGCGCUGUAAUUGCUAAGAAGGAUAAAGAUGUCGUGAAGACGGCCAUCUUGUGAAUAUACAGAAUAUACGGCGAGGAUUAACGUGCAAGUGAAAUGUUGUGAAAGUAGUGACGCACAAUGAAGAUGGCGCUAGGUGUGACAGUUGUGUGUGCGCUGAGCGCGGUGUUUGUGUGUGUGAGCGGCCACGUGGCGCUCACGUACCCGCCCGCCCGGAAGUACGACUUGGAUUUCCUGGAUAACUCCAGAACGAAGCCUCCAUGUGGAAUGCCCAAAGGUUCAAUAAGGACGUCAUUUCUAGCAGGUUCAACGUUCAUAGUACAUUGGCAUUUAGCAUACGCACACAGAGGUGGAUUUAGUUUACGAAUAUUGGACUAUUUAGAGAGGCCUCUAUUGGACUUAACGCCGCGGGCGGGAGGUUCGGAGUUUGUUCGAGAUGAUCCUACCGCCCAGCAGUACGAGGUGCGCCUGCCCAGCGACUUCACGUGCGACAACUGCACGCUGCAGCUUCAGCGGGAGGCGGGCGAGUGGGGCGCUAACUAUCGCUUCUGGUCGUGCGCCGACAUCGACAUCGUCCCGCGCAAGAAGUUCCACGAGACGUGCUCCGGGCGCGGCUUCCACAUCCUGGGCCGCUGCAAGUGCCACAAGAUGCACAGCGGGCCGCGCUGCCAGUUCGCGGACGAGUGCGGCGAGGACAACGACUGCGGCCUGCGCGGCAAGUGCCUGGACACCGACGCCACCGAGGCGCCCGGCCGCCAGUGCUACUGCGCGCUCGGCUUCUACGGCCGCGGCUGCAACAAGAAAGCGCCGUGGAAAGACAAGAAUAUUAACUUAGAAAUAUACAGCAAGAAGCAGUUGUCCAAAGAGUUUGCAUUGUACUGGCGCAUGCUGAAGGAGGAAGCGGAAGUCGAGGUCAUUAUGAUGGUCAACGGGACUUCUUACGCUGCUCUGGGUUGGCGACCUAAAGGAUUGAAGAAGGAAUGUAAAAACUUUCCAGUUUUAGGCCCACCUAUAAAUACGCCGAAUACCCCAGCCCCGGAACCGUUACCCGAACCUGAACCGAAAUCUGAGCCAGAACCGGCUCCAGAACCUAAAGCUGAACCAGAACCAACUCCAGAACCCAAAGCUGAACCACAGCCUACUCCGGAACCAAAAGCAGAGCCGGAGCCUACUCCAGAACCAAAAGCUGAACCAGAACCAACAGCUGAACCAAAACCAGAACCAGAAUCUUCGAAACCACCUAAUGUUAAUAAUAUGACUGAAAAUGAUAACAGAAACAAGAGAGUAGCGAUGCAUACUUUAGAUGGAUUUGAUUUCAAAAAUCUUGGGAAUGAUGUUACAGUUAAAACCAGUGUUUCUUAUAAAGUUUCGAGUUCUAAAGGACGAAAGAAACGCGACACAGCGGACAGUGACAAACCGAAUGUGGAAACAUCGACUAUUUUAAAAACUGACUACGACAUCCCCUCCCCCGAGCCCGAAACUACCCCAGAACCAGAACCAAGUGUUGAACCAAAGUUAGAACCAAAGCCUAAGCAUAAGUCCUUUAAACCAAAGCCCAAACAAUUGACUGAUUUAAAAGAUAGUCCCAAAUUUAAGCCCACAAGUCCUCCAGAAUCUAUAUCCGAACCCGAACCUAAUUCCGAACCAGAACCAGUAUCAGAACCUAGUCCAGAACCUGAACCAACUUCUGAACCAGAACCCACUCCGGAACCAAAAGCGGAACCAGAACCAAGCGCAGAACCGGAACCUAAUCCUGAACCUAAAUCGGAACCUGAAUCAUCUUCAGAACCUACGCCUGAACCUAAGUCCUCACCUGUUCCAAAAUCAGAACCCGUACCAAGUUCAGAACCAAAUCCAAAAGCUAAACCAGAACCCAGUCCCGAACCUAAAUCUGAGCCUGAGCCUACUUCCGAACCAAAGUCGGAGCCUGAACCCGAACCCGAACCCAAACCUGAACCAACGUCUGAACCAGAACCAUCUCCAGAACCAACUUCUGAACCCGAACCAACUCCUGAACCUGAAUCCAAUGCAGAAGCGGAUUAUGAGAAUCUGCUAGUGAAGGGACUAUCCGAAGAAACAGGCUAUUUCCCCUCACACGAAUACGCUCCUAAGUUCGACUUCAAUCCUAUGGACUGCACCGACAUAGUGAUCGGGACCGCUAAAGGGAACUACCAUCGAGUGCUUGACUACUAUACGAGAGACAGGUCUACUCCACGCGUGGAUACGUUCUGGGGCGGACACGACGACAUCACAGCCGCUUCCGGCUUCGAGGACAACGGAGUCACCACCAUUAUGUUUAGGAGGAAGAUCAAGGCCAAAGAACCAACGGACCACUCGUUCGUGGACGACCUAAUGCACGUGAUAUGGGCGCGGGGCCAGGAGUACAACCACUACGUGCACUCGCCGCCGGCGGGCGUCAGCAAGGGAGACUUCUAUCGGCCCGACGAGAUCAAGUACCACGGCCACGGCUCGCAGCGGGGCGUCGCUUCCAUUAACUUCUUUGAAGAGAAAAAGGUGUCGUCAUUCGGAGGCAUCCAGUCCCUCGACGACGGCAAGUGCGGCGCGCAGUGGAAGCUGCCCCGCGACUGCGACGUGCGCAACAACUCGUGCGACUUCGCGGCCUCGUGGGAGUACCUGGGCCUGCUGCGCGGCAAGGACUCCGUGCGGUUCACGCUGCGCGCCAAGCUGGCCAAGGCCUGGACCGGCAUCGGGUUCAGCAACGACAAGAAGAUGUCGCAAACCGACGCGGUGAUCGGCUGGAUCGACCCGCGCUCUAACCGGCCCUUCCUCAUGGACACGUGGGUGAGCGGCUACGCGGCGCCGCGCCUCGACCCGCGCCAGGACCUCAGCGGCAUCAAGGGCUCCGUGGAGGACGGCGUCACCGUGCUCAGCUUCGUGCGCAAGCGGGACACCGGCGACCAGAAGGACCUGGCAUUCACGGACAACCAGUGCCUGUACAUGAUGUUCGUGACGCGCGGCGGCGGGUUCGACGCCGUCAACAAGCGCACCAGCAAGCACGUGGACGUGCCCUACGUCACGGACGAGCGCGUGUGCAUCCGUCCCUGCGGCCCUGAACUGACCGAAGAAGAAGAAGAGCAGAGCACUGAAGCAGCCCCCGGGUCCCGCAGUUACUCCAUACUGGUCCGGAUGACAGGUCUGGCAGACAGUUUCCGCCCGCCGGCUGCCGGCAGCUCAGAUUUUGAGGACUUGGCGAAGAAGGUUGCGGACAACCUUGCGGCAGAGCUCAGCAGGACGAAGGGGUACCAGAGCCUCACUGUCAACGGGUUCAUGCAAAACGAAACGAAAGCCAUAAUCGCAGAAUUGACUCUAAAGUCCAUCGACACGAAUUCUAUCGAGAAUACGGCGCGCUCGCUCGAGGGCGACCUCUUGAUUGAACCCAAAGAGAAGGAAGAAGACAGCGAUAUGUUGAAGUGGGAACGAGCUAUAAGAGACACCCUUGCGGUGGGCAAAGUGGGAAAUCUGAAUAUUGAUCCGGAGUUUUUAGUGUUCCAACCGAUAGCCCUGAGCGCGGUGCAGCCGCCGGAGCCGGCCGCCAGCCCGCCGCUGUUCGGCUCGGCCGCGCGCCUGUGGCUCGUGGUGGGCUGCCUGGCCGCGCUCGUGGCGCUGGCGCUGCUGCAGGCCGCCUGCACGCUGGCGCGCGCCGCGCCGCGCCCCAAGGACCAACUGAUCCCCAACACCGCGUGGAAAGACUACACGGCCGCGAACACCAACUACGCGUUCGAGCCCUUCGAGAACGACGACAAGUACAACAGCACCUCCACCCGCUCUCCCCCGCGCCCCACCUCGCCGCCCCCGCCGCGCCCCACCAGCGCACACAAGAUGACGCCCAAGCCGCACAAAAACGGACACGGCAUGCCCGGUAACGGCCAUGGCAUGCCCAGUAACGGGCACGGCAUGCCCAGUAACGGCCACAUGACAAACAACAGGAGUCGUAACAUGGCCAUGAACGGCAGAGACGUACGCGACGGCCGCGAGAUGCCGCUAAGUCCUCGCGAAAUGGCAAUGAAUCCCAGAGAAAUGGCCAUGAAUCCUCGCGAAAUGGCCAUGAGUCCCCGGGAAAUGGCCAUGAACGGUCACACGAUGGCUAACAAUGGCUAUCCGACGAGCGGGCGAAGCAAAACACCGAACGGAUCGAAAAAGUUCUCUAAUAGUACGCCGCAGUAUUAUCAUGAGACGAGGUCGUUGCAGAGGCCGAGGUCGCAUUACGGGUACAACGGCGGCGCUGGCGGGGGAGGUGUAGGUGGUGCGGGAGGUAUGGGAGGCGCGGGCGGCGCGGGAGGCAUGGGAGGCGCGGGAGGUGCGGGUAACUCGCGCUCGUUGCCGCGCGGGGAGGCUCAGCCUGACUUCUACUUCAUGCCGUCGCAGCGAAAGCACGAAGUUUUAAGUAGUCAGUUAUCGAAAGAGAUUUUUGAACGUGAGUUUGAUGACUACUGAUAGUUACCGAUAGACAACCAUACAUACACACAUUUUUGU